ACUGACGAGUGUGAGGGAGAAGCUAGUGAGGAAGCUUCAGCCAUCCCUGAUACUCUGGUCCCAGCUGCAGCUCAGGAUCAAGUGAAGGUUCAAGAUGUGGCAGAGAACCCAGGACUGCCCUCUACUGCCACAGAUAACAGAAACAGAAAGUCAAGUGUCCCACUGAUAGUCUUGGAAUGCCGGCCACCCCAAGAGGUCAUGGUGGGAGACUAAAGGUCGAAGUCGAACCCACGACCGACGAUCUGUGGACAAAUGUAGACAGAAACCUCAAAAACACCAAAGGAAAGCUCCCCAAAGAGGUGCUUGUUUCCCUAGGAUUCCCCAACCUGGCACAGACGUGCUACAUGAACUCUACACUGCAGGGCCUCCUGACGAUUAGAGGUUUCAUUCAGGGCAUCUACAACCAGGAGAGCGUGUGGAGUUCUCUCCCCAAGUCGGAGCUCCUCGGAGGGUUUGUAAAAGUUGGCUUCUCCAGUUUCACUACCAGCAUGGCAGUGAAAAAGCAGGCACUGGCUGCCUUCACAAGGACUCCGAGUUUGAGGACGACAGACAGAAAGACGCCCAUGAGUUCCUCAGCUGUGUGCUAGAUCAGCUGAAGUGUGUCUCCGUCGACCUGCAGGAAGAAGCAUUUAACAGGGGAUUCAGUUACACCUGCCCUGUUAAUGCUAACAUCACCUUCCAGAUGUUGAGCAAUCAAGACCUGCAAUGUAUGUGGCAUGCAAUCUACAAGGGAGGAGAACUUCAUUAAUUUGUCACUGGACCUGGUGCCUGGAGGCACAGUGCGGCAGUGUCUGCAGGGCUACUUCAAAGAGAACCAGCUGGAGUAUCGGUGCGAGUGUGGUUACGACGUCGUCGCAGCAGGGGUCAUUUUUGACGCUGCCAAACGCACUGAUAAUCCAGCUGAAGAGGUUUAAUUACAUCAAAUGCCUAAAACUGGAGAAGGUCAACAGCCCCAUCAUUGUAUCAAGGCAGCUGGUGCUGAACGUUGAGUCCAGCACCAGUGAGUCCAGCGCCAGUGAACAGACACCGUCUUGCUACUCCCUAAUGAGCAUUGUCAGCCAUUUGGGUUCCUCAGCUUACGCUGGCCAUUACAUCUGUGAUGGAGCCCACAGGGACGAGAAACCGCAGGACAUGUCUGACAACACAACGUACAAUGAAGAGGACGUUAGUGAAGCAACCGGCACGCAUGUCUGUCACCGGCGGCAGAGAACAGCAUACCUGCUGUUCUACGUGAAACAUCAAUAGAAGAGAAGGAGAGG